CACAGACCAGCACAGUGCAGAGUCAGGCCCCAACUAGCAAAAGUGGCAACUGGGCUGAUUGGAUAUCUUUGACAGCAGAGUGUUCCUGCCUCCAGAAUGGCAGUCGUGUGGUCCCUUAGUGUGAUCCUUGCUGGACUUCUCCUGUUUUACACUAAUGGAGUUCAUGCAGAUCUUGAGGAAUGGCUCGGGAGUCCGUUUGUACAAACUGCAGUAAAUGAAGCCAUUAAAUCGGUGGACAAAGCAUAUGCAGAGACCAGAGGCUUCCAUAAAGAGCAGCUGCACACAAGAUCCUUGACUCCAGGUGACCUACUGCGUUUCUUCAAGCAGCCUUUGGCAGAGACCAAGGUCGCAGUGAGAGCAGCAGAAUACACGGAAAAUGUAAUGCAACAGGUCCAACAGCAUAUCCAUCGAAUACACAAACGCUCAUUCAAUGCAUCAGAUUUGUUAUCACCGAAUGACCUGGACAUCAUUGCAAAAGUCACAGGGUGUCAAGCCGUACGUCAACCUCCAGUCUGUGCUGAUGACUGUUGGUCAAACCGAUACAGGACCUUCACCUCCAUAUGCAACAACCGGUUGAAGCCUCGUCUGGGAGCCUCCAACACAGCGCUCACCCGAUGGCUCCCUGCUAAGUAUGAGGAUGGGAUUUCACUUCCACUGGGUUGGACUCCAAACAAAUUACAUGCCGGAUUUGCUGUGCCUUUGGUCCGAGAGGUGUCCAACAGAAUUUUGAAAGUAUCUAAUAAGGAUGUAGUCUCAGACGAAACAGUGACUGGUAUGUUUAUGCAGUGGGGACAGUGGAUUGAUCACGACAUGAGUUUAAGUCCUGUGUCUGGCAGUAUCCAAACCUUUAAUGGAGGCAUCAACUGUGAACGUACUUGUGUUCAGAGAAGUCCUUGUUUUCCAAUUGAGAUACCUCAUGGUGACACCAGGAUCAAAGACACUAAAACAUGCAUGCCCUUCUUCCGAUCGGCUCCUGCUUGUGGCACUGGUGAGCUGGGUACAAUGUUUGGAGAUGUGAACACUCGUCAGCAGAUUAAUUCCCUCACAAGUUUCCUCGAUGUCAAUGAAGUCUACGGCAGCACAGAUUGUCUGGCCAACAAGCUCAGAAACCUGACCAAUGAACUUGGUCUGUUGGCUGUGAACCAGGAAUUCUCUGACAAUGGACGAGAAUAUCUACCAUUCAACACCAUUUCAAGUAAUCUUUGUGGCGGCGGGGGAGAAGGCUGUGCCACUGGCCGAAACGCUACUCCGUGUUUUCUUGGUGGCGAUGUACGUGUGAAUGAACAGCUGGGACUGUUAUCUUUCCACACAAUAUUUCUACGGGAGCACAAUCGCAUCGCGAGAGAGCUGAAGAGAAUGAACCCACACUGGAGUGGGGAUACAACAUAUCAUGAAACAAGAAAAAUUUUAGGAGCUUUUCAACAGAUAAUAAACCACAGAGACUAUGCUCCCCAGGUAAUUGGAACAGAAGCAACAGAGAAAUAUCUCUCAGAAUACGAAGGUUACAAUGAGUCUGUGAAUCCCAGUAUCGCCAAUGUUUUCUCAACAGCGGCUUUCCGUUUUGGACACCUCAGCAUUCAGCCAAUUUUGGUCCGCAUGGCUGAAAACUUCCAGGAGCACCCGGAGUUUCCAAAUCUGCCUCUCCACGAGACUUUCUUCACUCCCUGGAGAAUAAUAAAGCAAGGUGGAGCAGAUCCCAUUGUACGAGGACUGUUGGGUUUUCCUGCAAAACUGCAGAAAUCAGGCAAGAUGUUGCCAGAUGAGCUGCGAGAGAAGUUGUUUAAGCUGAGCACCCACUUAGCGCUGGACCUGGGUGCUCUGAAUAUGCAGCGCUCUCGUGAUCACGGACUCCAAGGUUACAAUGCAUGGCGCAAAUUCUGUGGACUUUCACAACCAAACGGUCAUUUCCAACUUUCUCAAGUCCUCCAAAAUUCAGAUCUAGCAGAGAAAUUCCUCAAGCUAUACGGAACUGUAGAAAAUAUUGAUGUGUGGAUAGGGGCAAUCUCUGAGCCCUUCGUAAAAGGUGGAAAGAUUGGCCCUUUGUUAGCCUGCUUAAUAGGACAGCAGUUCAAGAACCUAAGAGAUGGGGACAGAUUCUGGUGGGAAAAUCCAGGAGUGUUUACUCAUGGCCAGCGCCAGGCUCUUACUCAAAUCUCCAUGUCCAGGAUAAUCUGUGAUAACACUGGGAUACAGUUUCUUCCUCAGGAUGCCUUUAAAUUCCAUCACUUUCCACAAGGAUAUGUAAACUGCACCAAGAUACCACAGGUCGACCUGAGUGCCUGGAGAGAGGAUACACAAGUGACCCCAUGUGGCUCUGUCCCCGCUGUGGCUAAUGCCCAUUUCUCCAUCUGUGAAUCCUCGGUCAGGUACACCUGUCAGCCUGGAUUCACACUGGAGGGAGGGGAUACAUUAACGUGUCUGAGUAACGGAAAUUGGGAACCUGAACCACCCGGCUGUGUAGCUGUAGGUGAAGAAACUCCAAAUGGCACUGGACCAUCAAGUAUUAAAGGAGAAAAAGGUGACACCGGCUCAGUCGGACCUAAAGGAGAGUGUGUUGGAUCUCUGCAACAAACAAAGAUAUCGGCCUUUUCCGUAAGACUUACAUCAAGAAAUUUGAGGGCAGGACGUCCAUUUCCAUGUUCCACUGAGAUCUAUAAUGGCCAGAAAGAUUACGAUUGUCAAACAGGAAUAUUUACUUCUCGUAUACAUGGGGUAUAUCAGUUUUCAUAUAAUUGUGAAACGAGAAACCAAGCAAUUGUGUUUUUAAAGAAAAAUAGAGUUUCAGUGAUUACUUCAAGGAUUUUUGAUAGGAAGUCACAAAAUAUUUUAUCAGGCAGUACCAUCCUUGAACUAAAUGCUGGUGAUCAUGUUUGGUUAGAACCUCACCAAAAACUAAAUGGAUUUUCUGAUUCCUGUUAUUUUCAGGGGCAUUUAAUCUUUGCAGUUUAAUGACUUGCCUUUAUUUCCAAACACAUAAUGACUUUUAUCAGCCAAAUGUCAAAAGUAUUUUUUUUAAUUUGUUUCUUGAACCGGGAUACCCUGAGCCACAAUCGGAAUCUUUUCAACACAAAGCUGGGUGCCACUGACAAAUUGAUUAAUUUAUGGGUCUGAUCUAAACACAUGGCUUCCUCUCUCUUAUAGAGUGUGUUAUCCUUUUCUAACUUUUGUCUCACUGGAGGAAUGCUAAAGCCCAAAUUGGCGUUCCAAGCAAGAUACUAAACUGUUUUAUUUUAAUCAAAUCAUACAAAAUGUUAGAAGUCAAACCAAUGAAGCAGAGAGCAUUGACAUCCAACCUUUUAAUACUUUCCCAAUUAAUCCCAGUCCUUUAAGUACAAAUGCUGUCACAGCUAAUUUUCAUUUGCCAUUUGUAUGUUCCGGUGAAAGUGUCAAUCCUCUACCUGAACUGCUAGAAGAACUCUGUUGUAGAAAACUGCUGGUUUUUGUUCCUGAUAAUAUUACACCAAAGCUUUUUCCUGGGUGAAACCAAGGCUUUUGGUAGAUUGAACCAAAAAUGUUAAAUUUCCUCAAAGUCAGUGGGGGGGGGGGGGGGGAGGGAGGAGAGAAAGGGAGUGAUUAAUAAAAAACAACACCUUUCAUACCUGAGAUAAGAGGUACUCCUUAGCUAACAAUAGUCCAAUCAGGAAACCUAUUAGAUACCUGCAGCCAAACCAACCAAUGAGAAAACACGUAUUCACCUGAUGGACGAACCAAUAAGCUAGGAAGUGGCCAUUCCUUGUGCAGCCACUUGAAGUGUAUUAAACACUAUACAUGUUAAAAAAACUAAUUAAAACAGUCGAAUCCAACAAUAGCUAGCAGCUAUUAGUAAUCAUCAAGUAGCAGUCAAAAUGGUUGGUUAUGAUUUUGUUUAGGAUGCAAACCCAAUAUUCACAUAAGCACACAGUGGUCAGUACUAGUACCUGCUGCAAGCAGAGUUUGUGCAUUCAUAGGGCAUCCAGCCUCAACAGUAAAUAGAAACAGAAAAUACAGGAAAAGCCCAAGGUAUCAUUUGUUUUUCUCUCUGCCUGACCAACAAAUUUUUUGAGCGUUUUCUGCUUUUUAUUUCAGACCCAUAACAGCUGUAGUAUUUUCCUUUCAGCCUCAAUAAUGUACAGCCAGUCAGUGAACGUUGUUAGGAGAUAAUAAAUCCAAGGCAUUUCCUGUUUAACAGAGAAAGCUUUUCAUUAACCCCAUGAAUUAUGAAUCUGUUCUCAUGUAUUGUCCACUUUCAUGUUUGUUCUGUUGUCACUGACUGAGCUUCACAGCAGCUGCUUUGAUAAGGAUUGAAUGACACCAUCUCACUGUGGACAUGAGUACCCUCUCUUAUCUACUAAUAAUCCAGGGGUUACGGUCUAAUAGUUAUCUUAUCAUCAAAGUAUGAGCAUAAUAAAUAGGAGCAGGUAUAAACCAUUCAGCCUUUCAAGCCUGCUCUGCCAUUGAACAAGAUCUUCUACCUUCUGUCUUCUGAUCUUCUACCUCAGCACCACUUUCAAUAUGUAGCAACAUAUCCCUUGAUUCCUGUAAUAUCCAGGUAUCUCAUUCUCUGUACUCCCACAAUUAAUAGGUCCUGACCCUUUACCUCAAUUAUUAUCCCUUCAUGUAACAAUUAUCAUCCUUUUUGCCCAACUUUCAGUUCCUGACCCUCAUUCUCUCACCACCCCUCCCCCCCGCUAACAGUAUCUGCCUCUCACUCUCUGUAACCCCAACUUUCAGUUCUUAGCCCUCACUUUCUGCUAUUGUGGUAAUAGUUUCAGGCCUAUUCUCUCCAUGCUCCCAAAUAACAGUUCCUACCCCUCUCUCUUAACAAGUUCUGCCCCACAUUCUCUGUAACCCCUAAGCCUGCCAUUGGCAGGUUCUGGGCAUCUCUCUGUAUCCAUAACAGCUCACGCUCCUCUCUUUGCCACCCUUAACUGUUUCUAUCCCUCUCUCUCUGCAAUGCUCCCCCACAGCUCCCCAAGUAAAUGUCCCUGCCCCUUCCUCUCUGGAAACUACACUAACAGUUCUUGUUUCCUCAUUCUCCAAGUUACCCAUUGGUAGAUCCUGCAUCUCACUGCUGCUAUCAUUAGCUGCAAGAUUUUGCUAGCUUCUUAGCGACCAAUCCUUCGCUAACUCUCUAUUUCCUUUUUUCCCUAAGAUCCACAAUGCUUUUGUUACUUGCAAUAUUUACCAGCUCUAAUUGAUUGAAGCCAAUUAUUAAUAUAGGAGUAAAUGGAUGUGGGUUAAACUAGAAAGUAUGUCUAAUUCAUAUUCUGAAUGAAUGAUUGUAAAGAAUCAGCCCUAUAUUGAUGGAUGCUCAGGUAUGUAAAAUAAUAUGAACUGUAAUUUCAGUAUGUUUAUUCUUGUAACAAUCAAUUGUUGAUAAUUUAAAACUUUGUUUCAAUUAUA